AUGGUCGUACCCAUGUUGGGCCAUGUGGUUUCCGGACCGCCUUCGAUGGAAUCUGCCAGGUCUCUGCCAUUCAGGAUGGAAGUGCAGCUGAUGGCCACAGACUCCUCGCCCAUGGCCGGAAGGACUCUCGCUUCCAGUAAUCGUAUUCACGCCUGUGUAGCAAGGCCGUCUACCGGUCAGUGCGAUGUGCCGGCAGGUUUGGGACCAGUUCUGGCAGUUUCAACAAGUAGCUUUCACACGUGCGCCGUGCGAGCAGAUGGCCGGCUUGUUUGCUUCGGAAAUCGGGUUUACGGGCAAUGUGAUGUGCCGGCCGAUUUGGGGCCAGUUUUGUCGGUCUCAGUAGGCGAGGGUCACACCUGCGCAGUGAGAACAGACGGUCAGCUGGUCUGCUUUGGAGUUAACUAUGACGGGCAGUGCAAUGUGCCGACAGACUUGGGACCAGUUCUAGCCGUUUCGGCAGGCGAUGCUCACACGUGUGCAGUGAGAACAGAUGGUCACUUGGUCUGCUUUGGCCUGAACUUCGACGGGCAAUGCGACGUGCCAGCAGAUUUGGGACCAACUUCAUCAGUUUCAGCAGGCACCUAUCACACCUGCGCAGUGAGAGCGGAUGGUCGGUUGGUCUGCUUUGGACGCAAUGCUGACGGACAAUGCAAUGUGCCUGCAGACUUGGGGCCGGCUUUGGCAGUUUCAGCAGGCAUUGUCCACACGUGCACAGUGCGAGCAGAUGGUCAGUUGGUCUGCUUUGGACGCACUGCGGACGGGCAAUGCGAUGUGCCGGCAGAUUUGGGACCAGUUUUGGCUGUUUCAGUAUGCAACUUUCGCACGUGCGCGCUGAGAGUCGAUGGUCACUUGGUCUGCUUCGGUCGCAAUUCGAAGGGGGAAUGCAAUGUGCCGCAACAAUUGGGGCCAGUUCUUGCAGCCUCGGCAGGCAAGGUUCACACCUGCGCUGUGAGGACGGAUGGUGACUUGAUCUGUUUUGGAGUCCCUUGA